AUGGAGGGUAUGCGCAUGAGUCCCGCCCUCGGGACCCGCCUACACCGGGUUGCACCGGAUCGAGAACUAGUAUACAACCAAUGGCGGAUCCCGGCUAGCACGCCCGUCGGUAUGACCACCUUGCUUAUGCACAUGGACGCGAGAGUGUUUCCAGAGCCCAAAACUUUCGAUCCGGAGCGGUGGAUCAAUCCCGAAACACGGAAACGGGCGGAGAAGGCCUACGCGCUCUUUUCGCGUGGAACCAGAGAUUGCAUAGGGAUGCAUCUCGCGUGGGCAGAACUCUACCUAGUCAUCUCGACGCUGGUUCAAAGAUUUGACUUUGAUUUUGCCGUAAUACCAUCAGUCAUUUUGAUUUUGGUAGCGACCAGUUCCUCACAGCUAUCAAAGGACAGGGCCUGCUCAGUGGCUUGGUUCUUGAUCCAGCGUCAUGACGGCCGGGGGUCGCCGGGCCUUGAUGGACCACAUGAAUAUCACACGCUGCGUUAUCGCGGCAUUCAAGAAGCUGCCCGACUCCGCGGCCUCCGCAUAGGUCUUGCCAGUGAAACUUUGCUGGUUCGGGAGGCACUCGGCUAUCUUGCCGAGGCUAUUGGAGAUGGCCGUUGUCUUGAAGCAAGCUUUAUGACAGACAAGAAGAUGACUCAAGCACAGGCUACAAUGUUAUUGGUGUACUUUUCAUCAGAGCCAGGGUUGAGAAAUGUGGCGCAAUAUGCAGACAUGGAGCAGAUUCACAAAGGCGUGCCACAACCUACCACGUUUGGAAAAUAUCUAGAAAGGGAGAAGUCGGCCGUGUCUGCUACCUAUCCUCCCCAAGAACAAGUAAUUCGAUAA